GAGGAUCCAUUUUUAGUGUUUAACGAUAUUAAAAAAAAAAAUCAUCCAAGAGUGUGGCAAUAUAGAUAAGAUCUCUUUUUUGAAUUUAAUUUAAUAUGAAUUUAUUUAAUUUAGUGGGUCGGAUUCGGGUUAAACAAGAAAAUUGAGCAAUUUCAAUUGAUAUUAGGUAAUUUUUAUUUAUUUGGAAAAUCUGUUAAAUUGAAGGGUAUAUAUAUAAAGUUUGUCAUUGGCAGGAUAUAAUUUGCUUGAUAGUAUGACGGUGGGUAAAAUUAACCAAUUUUUAAAAGCAGAGGAGGUUAUUAUUGACCCUUUCCCCCUCCCCAAAAAAAAGAAUAUUAGAGAGGGGGCUACAAGGGUAUUUCCUGGGUUGGGCAGCGAUAUGGAUUGAGCGAAAAAAGUGGAAGACUAGGAAUCAAGUAUGUUAAUCAGAUCCUAGCUCUAGUACCGUAGUGGGUCCUCUUUGAUCUGGUUCGAGGCACUUGCUAGUUGCUAUUUACAGUUCAGAUUCAUGGCAACUGGAACUUCUUCAUUGUCUUCACUUCCUGCCACUGCAGAAGAUGAAAUAUUGAUGCUAUAUGGGUCCGACUCAGGUUGGGUUGAGCCCAAAAGUUACUGUGAUCACCUGGAUUCUUUGUCUUCUGAUCUCAUCCAUAUUCCAACUCCAGAUACUCCUUGCAACAGGUGCCAACAUCCAGUAGAGAACUGGCUAUGUUUGUGCUGCAAGGAGGUUCUUUGCAGUCGAUUUGUUAAUAAGCACAUGAUCGAGCAUUACAAGCUGACUGAUCACUCUUUAGUACUCAGCUUUAGUGAUCUAUCAGUAUGGUGUUUCUCCUGCAAUGCAUAUUUAGAUGCUCAGGUAAUUAGGCCAUUGCAGUCUGUUCAUUUCACUGCCUACGUACUGAAGUUUAAUGAGCCUCCACCUUUACGAGCAGUGGACGGUGUUCAAAUUACAGAUAACAGAGCAGGCCGUUCUAGUUCUGGGAACUAAUCAUUCAUCCUCUCUUUGAUGCCUGUGAUGUUAGGCUGUUAACAAAUUCUCGGCAAAAAAAUGAUUUCUCGUAUAUGAAAAAUGGGUUAGAGAAUUAAUUCUGGAUCAUGGCCUCCUUAUCUAAUAUUGCCACAUUACCCUCUUUGUUCCGUGCUUCGUUCCUACACUGGAAUUCCAAUUAUUGAUACAUAUGGAUUUAACAAAAA